AUGAACGCUACCGGGUUGUCGCGGGAGUAUAUUGCCGAGGACAACAGUGCACCGCUGCUAGGAACUAGCAUCGCUUUCCUCGUCCUAGAGACGGUGUUCAUAGCCUUGUUAUACACUUCCCGAUACCUAGCGAAAGGCGAGAGAGCGAAUUUGUCGAUGGAAAUCCUCAUGACACUGACGUAUAUUGUCUGUGUGUUAAAAAUCACAAUUGCUUUGUUGUUGGUAGAAAUCGGCGGUGCAGGACACCAUCUCAUAACCUUACAACCACCGACAAUCACGAACGCGUUAAAGCUCAGCACAGCGCUGCAAAUUGUCUGUCCGCUUACAACCUCGCUUUCAAAACUCGGGGUACUAUGUAUGUUCCAACGAAUCUUCGGUCAGACAUCCAAGUGGUACCGCAUUACCAUUCGAACAACCUUCAGCCUCGUCGUUUCAAUCAUGAUCGCCCAGAUCCUGAUUCCAUUCAUUAACUGCCGCCCUUUCUCCAAGACGUGGAAUCCCAAUCCUAUGAGUCCGGGUAGUUGCGCGAUUCCUGGACUCUCACUUUGGCGAUUUCUGGGCAUCCCGAAUGUCUUCACAACACUGAUCAUUGUCGGCAUCCCCGUCCCCGCUUUGGCUAAGCUGAACGUCUCCCGUCCGGUCAAGGUUGGUCUUGGAGUCGUGUUUAGCGUAUGCAUACUUGGCAUUGUAGCAGCGAUCAUGCGUUUCCAGUCUUUCCUUCAAGUCACGAAUUUCAACGAUAUCACCUACGAGAACGUGAAGCCACUAUGCUGGACUAUUGCCGAGUCAGGUAUCUAUUUAGUAGCAGGUGUCAUGCCAACGCUGAAGCCACUAUUGAAAAAAAUGUUCGCGGGUACGAUUUUUGAGAAAGUGCUAACUGGUAGUACAAGAACGAAACAAUCCGGGAGUUGGGGAAAUAAGAGGUUUAGUCGGAUGUGGGUCAGAAGGGAGCAAUCGGUGCUUGCGGUGACGAAAGCGCAUAGAAGCCUCUCAGAUGCUAGUGAGGAGGGAGUUGUGCUUGUCAAAACGGAAAUACCGAAGAUUAGCGCGGCUGUUGAACGAUGGUGA